AUGGGAGCUCCGGGCGGCAAGAUCAACCGGCCGCGGACGGAGCUGAAGAAGAAGCUGUUCAAGCGCCGGCGGGUGCUGAGCCGGGAGCGGCGCCUGAAGCACCGGGUGGUCGGGGCCGUGAUAGACGCGGGGCUGACCACGCGGCACCACCUCAAGAAGCGGGCGUCCAGUGCCCGUGCCAACAUUACUCUGUCUGGGAAGAAGCGCAGGAAACUCCUCCAGCAGAUCCGGCUUGCCCAGAAAGAGAAGGCAGCCAUGGAAGUGGAAGCCCCUGCAAAGCCAUCCAGGACUAGUGGACCACAGCCCAAACCAAAAAAGAAGACGAAGCCCCCCCAGGAUGUAGAGAUGGAGGACCUUGAACAUGGGAGCUAA